AUGUCAGCCGCUGAGAGAUUAAGAUGGACGCAAAGACAACGAUUAUGCGUGAAUUGUUUCAAGGCCGAUCACACAGCAAAAACAUGUGUGUCACGAAGCUGCUCCAAGUGCACAGGCAAGCAUAACACUCUGUUGCACUUGGUACCAAAAAUUCCGCGUCCAUCCAACGCACCUACUGGCGCAACUACUUCAGAGACUACAACUGCUAAACUUAGCACAACGAAGACUUCAGAGAUUACAACUGCUAAACCUAGCACAACGAAGACUGAGGCUUCGGCACCAAUGACGGUAGCUACGAUUCAAAAGCUUAAUGACAACCAGGACUACGUGCUGUUGGCAACAGCAAGAGUUAUUAUCACCGCAAACAAUGGGCAAUCCUGUGUGGUCAGAGCGAUUUUAGACUCAGGUUCACAGAUCAAUCUGGUAUCAGAGAGGCUUAUCAAACGCCUAUCUUUAUCACCCAAACCAUCAUCUCUAUGUAUCGAAGGCAUCGGACGAAGAACACGAAGCUCCACACAACGAGUCAACAUCAAACUUCAAUCGUCAAUUGGAAAGUUCAACUGCAGAGUGGAAGCAUUCAUCCUUCCAAGCAUCGUGUCACCUCAACCUACGCAGAAUCUGGAUACAACAACCUGGUCCAUUCCUGAAAACAUCAAUCUCGCAGACCCAAACUUUCAUCAAUCCGACAAAAUUGAUGUUCUGCUUGGAGCAGAAUUGUAUCAUCAACUCAUACGUCCAGAACAAAUACGAAUUGGUGACAAGAUGCCAUUGUUACAGAACACCGUCCUUGGUUGGGUUGUGGCAGGAAAAAUUGAAAACGUAGCUUACAACAAUGCCACUUGUGCAAUCUUCUGCGAAGACGAUUCCACUAAUGACCUCAUUGAAAGGUUCUGGAAACUGGAUGACUUCGAAGACUCGCCAAGAUCGAUGACGACAGCCGAGAAAUUCUGUGAAACACAUUUCACUCAAACAGUAACCAGGUCUAAUACCGGCCGCUUUGAAGUUCGACUACCAUUCCGAGAAAAUGGUGAAGCCUUGGGUGACUCAAGGCAAUUAGCACUCAACCGUUUUAUGUCAUUAGAAAGACGACUAAACAAAAACCCAACAUUAAGGAGGGAUUAUAUCAAAUUUAUGGACGAAUAUGAAGCAUUUGGACACAUGGAACAAAUCAAUCCAACCGAUAUCCCAAAACCUCACUUCUUCAUCCCUCAUCACUGUGUACUUAAACCUGAUAGCAGCACAACAAAACUACGUGUUGUCUUCGACGCAUCGGCUAAAACCUCUACGGGUCUAUCUCUCAAUGACAUACUCCAUACUGGACCCACAGUUCAAAGUGAACUUUUCUCGAUCCUACUCCGAUUUCGAAUGCAUAAAUAUGUGUUUACAGCAGACAUCGAAAAAAUGUACAGACAAAUUCUCGUUCAUGAAGAGGAUCAGAAUUAUCAACUCAUCGUGUGGAGGCAGCAGCCAUCAGAAGACAUAAAAUACUACAAGCUCAAAACCGUCUCUUACGGAACCUCAGCCGCCCCCUAUUUGGCAACCAAAUGCCUGCAGUUUUUAGCCUCUCAAAGCAAGCUAACACAUCCAAUAGGAAGCCAAAUCCUAUUAGAGGAUUUCUAUGUAGACGACUGCAUCAGCGGAUCCAACAGCAUCACUCAGGCAAAGGAAGCUCCAAAACAACUAAGGUCAAUCCUGGACAACGCCGGAUUUAAACUUCGAAAAUGGUGUGCAAACCAUCCCCAAUUGUUGAAUGAUAUUCGCCCGGAAGAUCAAGAAAUCUGCCUUGACUUCACUGACGCAAGCCACUGCACCAUAAAAACACUUGGACUCGUUUGGCAACCUAAAUCAGACGAAUUAUGCGGGAGGGCUCAAAUAAAUGAUACUUCAUCAAUCACCAAACGUGUGGUAAGUUCAGAGCUCGCACGAAUAUUCGAUCCAUUGGGACUAUUUGGCCCCGUUGUAGUUCAAGCCAAAAUCUUCAUGCAAAAACUUUGGCAUUCAAAACUUUCUUGGGAUGACGAGCUUCCACAACACCUCAAAGAAGAAUGGUUCAGCUUCAGGAAGGACAUAGCAGAUCUCGACCAAGCGAAAAUUCCCAGACACGUUUUCAAGGGAAACCCUACGUCUAUACAGAUUCAUACGUUCGUGGAUGCUUCAGAGCGAGCCUAUGGAGCUGCGGUAUAUUUACGUUCAACAUACCAAGAUCGAACAACUAUCAACAGGCUACUGUGUGCAAAAUCGCGUGUAGCCCCAAUAAAACAACAAACACUUCCUCGACUCGAACUAUGCGCUGCAGUAUUAGGAGCUGAACUCACCCGCAGAGUACGAGAAGAUAUGCGACUUCCAGAAGCGGCAGUAUUUUUUUGGACAGAUUCCCAAAUUGUUCUUUCCUGGAUAAACUCAACGUCAUCUUCAUAUCACACCUUCGUAGCAAAUCGAAUCGCAAAAAUACAAGAACACUCAUGGGGAGCCCUGUGGCGUCAUGUGCCAUCAAAGGACAAUCCCGCAGACUUGCUCUCUCGAGGAAUAUCUGCACGAAACUUCAUGUCUUGUCACAUGUGGCUUUAUGGACCUUUCUUUUUACAUGGAAAUGAAUCAGCGUGGCCACAAACAUCUCCAAGGGAACAAGAACCUCAUUCAGAUCUUGAACGAAAAAUUUUUGAGACAAUAGACAAACUAUCAUCGCGUAAUAAAGCACAUCACAACAACAAGCCGACUUUUGCAAGAACAAUGCACACAAUGCCGCAGCAGCGGCAACAUCAAUCGUUUAUAACUGACAUGAACGAUUUUCCUGCAAUUUCGCCACACAAGAGGUCCAAGGUGCCAAACUCAACUGAAGGUGCAGCUGUAGAAAAUGUUUCAAACGACAACAACACAGGUUAUAAUGCUUGGUCAAACUCUCCAAAAACCGUCUUUACUGAGAGUACAGGGACAAAUGUACUCUUCUCCAUGGAAGAGAUUAACUCUCUUACUGCAGAAAUGAUACUUUUACUCGGUCGAUGCAAUACCAAGGCCGAGCAAUUCAACACGAUUGCACAAUUAGCUAUUAAGUAUCUUUAUUCUAGUAAAUAA